CCAGAUAUGGACGUAAGAAGUGCCAGUCUUUGCAAAAGACUCUUGUUCAUUAUUCAACAUAUUCUCCUUUUGCCUCUUUUAACUACUGUAGAUGGAAUGGAAGAUCUAACUAUUAGACAGAUGCCCAAAGCAAUCAAUAUUUCAGAAGGAGAUACUGCCACACUGAAGUGUUCAUGGACUAUUAACCAGAGUGAGAGUAUUAGAGUGGAUUGGCUACAGAACAAUGACAUUAUUUUCACGAAACCUGCCAAAGGACAAUAUAAAUCUGAUAGAAGGGAGUACAUUGUCAAAGAAAACUUCUCAAUGCUGAUCAUUUCUAAAGCUGUUCUAAAUGACUCGGGAUUGUACCACUGCAAAGUAUUUGUGGAGAUACCAGCACCAAUCCGUCGAGCUAGUGGAGAAGGAACGUUGCUAAUAGUGUUUGCAUCCCAAGUUAAGAACUAUCUGAUUAUUUGGCUUCUGGCAUCAAUCAGUCCCAUAAUGCUGAUAGUGAUUGUAGUUGCAUGCUGCUGCUUCAGAAAGGUGAAGAACAGAAGACAGAAUGGAAACCUAUCUAAUUUAAGGAGGAGUUCCCAAUUAUAUGUAAAUAACAUAGAACUAAGCCAUGCUCGUCAGAAAAUGGAGGCUAAAUCAGCUAACAUCUACAAAAAUGCUUUGAAUGUACAGCAGAAGAAACAUCAAUCAGCGAACAAGGUCAUAGAAGAGAAAUCCUCAAAUGAAUUAUAUCAGAAUAUAAAAACUCAAUAACAUAUGCAGAUGUAAUUCAGUGAUGUGUGUUAUGUAUUUUCUAAUCUGAUUAUAUUGUAGUUGGAUGGCACAGACACCAGUGCUACCUCACCCAGCCAGACCUCCGGCCACUAGCCCAAGCACCACUCCUGACCCAAGGAUGCAAACUUUACCCAACCCAGGAACAGUGGCUUCAACCUUGGAGCACUGGGCUCCUGAGAGCUACAGAUAAUAUUCAGGUUUGAGAUAAUAAGUGGCAAGUGUCAUCCAUGGCAUACAAGUACCAGUCUGUGACCAGCUCUAACACGAAUGAAUCUGCACCCUAGGAUCUUUCAGCAUCCUAGAGCUUGCAAACAACUAGAACCUGACUGUACCAGCCAUACAAAUACUAUAACUACAAGAACAAGUCAGAGACUGAAGAGUUCUGUGGUAAACAACCUAACUACAGACUUCCCAUGAAAUACUGUCUAUUUGAUUGGAUGAAUGCAGCUCUCACAUGAAAGAAACCCAAUAUCCAGGACAGAACAGCCUAUCUGAUGGUCAUCCUAUCUGCCAACUAGAACAUUCAAUCCCUUCAGAACCAGUGUACCAUGUCGACAGUAUGUUCCAUGUAUAAGGUGCAUCAUGGGAACUCGUCAAGACUUGUUUGACAGCUCCUGUCAUACCUACAACUUCUAGAAAACCAAAAGGCAGCAAGUACCUGGGAAUACCAACACCACUAAUUGCCGUCACAGUCAAAAUUUUACAACUGUGGGAGUGAUUUCACCACAUGGACUGAAGCAGUUCAAGAAGUUGGCUCACAGCCACCUUCUCAAGGAUGGGAAAUUCUGCCCUUUCAGCAACGGUCAAAGUCCUAGCAUUUUGUUUUGUGUGUCAUUCAGGAAAAACAAGCAUAGGUUCACUAGAAGAGUGAAAACAGAUUGCUGCUGAUGGUGAGCAUGGUUUUGGCAUUUAAGCAAUAGGAAAAUUAGUUUAUAAACAUGCACAAAAUGUAAAUAAAAUGAUCUUCACGUUUUGGUAAAAAUAUCAAAGUCAUGUUGACAAAAUGUUUAAGUUUUUGAGGCUUGAUCUUUUUAAUUGUUAAAAGGUAAAAUUGACAAAUUACAUGUCUAUAUUGGAAUUUCAGAUAGUUAAUGGAAGAUAUUUCUUACUUGCAUUGUGUUUUCUUUUUAAUAAAACUUUUAAAGUGAAUGAGUACUCUUCUGAAGAUGGGCAUCAUUCAAGUACUGUAACAAUUCUUCAAAUUAUUACUGGGCCUUGAGCACAACUGUAUGCUGCAUGUGCACCUCAUUCUGGGUUGUUCUGAAAGUAUGAAAAGUAGCCAUUCUAUCGGUUAUGUAUUUCCCUUUGUUAUUUCCUGGAUUUUCUGUGACAUAGAAUUUGGAUAUUUAUUUGGAUUGUCAUAGUCACAUUCUAUUUACCUUUCUUUUACCAGCUGAUGCUAGCUUUUUGAGAUUCAUGAAUGAGGACUCCCAAG